GAGUCAGACCACAUGGAGAUCAGGCUGGUUGGAGGUCCAAAUCUCUGCAGUGGAAGGGUUGAAGUCUUCCUUUCUGGUCAGUGGGCAUCUGUUUGUGAUGACAGUUGGGGCAUCGAGGAGGCCAUGGUUGUCUGCCGCCAACUGGGCUGUGGAUCUGCAGUCUCGGCCACACAUGAAGCACAGUUUGGAAAUGGAACUGUCUCCAUUGGUCUCGAUGAUGUUAGAUGUAGAGGAACUGAAUCCGCCCUCAGUGAGUGCCCAGCAAGUCCAUGGGGUGAACAUGACUGCAGCCAUGAAGAAACCGCUGGGGUUAUAUGUUCAGGUGGGUUGAUUGACUUCAUCAACUUCCUUCUGUUCCUGUCCGACCACAUCGGGAAAAAGACUGUGUUCAAUUCUGGAACCCACAAUUCAAGAAGAAUAGAGAAGGAGGAUAGCUGUCUCCUCUGUCUUUUUACCUUUUCUCUCUUAGGUCAGCCCUGGGGCUCUGAUCCCACACACCCAACGGAGAUUCGAUUGGUAGAUAAUUGCAGCGGAAGAGUAGAAUUGCUCCAUCAUGGUGAAUGGGGCACCAUUUGUGGAGAUGGAUGGGGCAUUGAGGAAGCCACAGUGGUAUGCCACGAGAUGGGAUGUGGAACUGGCAGCAUGAAUCAAAGCAGAACGUGGAAUGGAAGUGGAACCAGCCCCAUUUGGUUGGAUGGCGUCCAUUGCAGAGGGACAGAAUCUUCUCUGUUUCAGUGCUCGGCAAGUCCUUUGGGGAGACAUGGCUGUGAUAGUGGAAGAACCGCUUUUGUUGUAUGUUCAGGUAAGUUCAUCAACCAUGAGGUAAGAUUGAUAGAUGGUCCAACUCCAUGCACUGGUCGAGUAGAGGUGUUCCAUAACAAGGCUUGGGGAACCGUGUGCGACAAUGGCUGGGAUUUAGAGGAUGCCAGUGUGGUGUGCCAGGAAGUAGGCUGUGGAGAAGCUCUAGUAGCAGCCAUUGGAGCAAGAUUUGGUCAAGGGUCUGGUCCCAUUUGGAUGGAUGAAGUGAACUGCACAGGGAAAGAGAAGGUUCUGAAGAAAUGUCCUCAAGAGAAGAGCCUCAGUCUCACCUGUGACCACAGGAAAGAUGUCGGUGUGGAAUGUGCAGGUAAUCGUGAAGUCAGGUUGAUGAGAUUAGCUGAUGGCCGUCAUCGCUGUACUGGGAGAGUGGAGCUCUUCCUUGAUGGCCAAUGGAGAAUGUGUACUGGGACAGAGACCUCCUUCAGUGAAUGUGAAAUAACACCAUGGCAGGACUCCGACCUCGACAGGCUUUUGCCAUUCUAUGUGGUUGGUGUAACAUGCACAGCCAUGAACACGACGGCGGCAGCGGCAGAUUCCUCCCAUGCCUCCUCGCAGCUCCAGGCCCUCUUUCGCAUGGAGCCUGCCCCGCCGCCUGCCACCUCGGAGCAGCUGAUGGGAGCCUCCGAGCUUCUCAAAGAACUUCGCCUUGUGAAUGGCUCUAAUUAUUGUUCUGGAAGGAUCGAGGUGUUUCACAAUGAAAUGUGGGGAACUAUUUGUGAUGCUGGCUGGGAUCUACAGGAUGCCCAAGUGGUGUGCAGGGAACUGGGCUGUGGAGAGGCCUUAAGCGCAUCUGGUGGAGCACAAUUUGGAAGAGGGGCUGGUCCCAUCUGGCUGGAGGGAAUGAGCUGCACUGGAACAGAAGAAUCUUUAAGGCAAUGCCCCAAAGGACAGUGGGGAGAACACAGCUGUGACCACAGCAGAGAUGCAAGUGUGGAAUGUGCAGACUAUGAUGAAUUGUAUGACUUAUUGCAGAAUUUUCUCAUUUUUCCAUCAGAGCUCCGCUUAGUAAAUGGCCCCAAUAUCUGCUCUGGGCAUCUUGAGGUGUUAUACAACCAGCAGUGGGGGACUGUGUGUGACAUUGGUUGGGAUACCCAUGAUGCGCAAGUUGUGUGCCGGGAACUGAAUUGUGGAGAUGCCUCAAAAGGAUUUGAGGGAGUUCGCUAUGGCCAAGGAUCUGGUCUGAUUUGGCUGGAGAAUGUGAACUGUACAGGAGAAGAAAUGUCUCUGACUGACUGUCCCAAAAUUCUCCCAUCAGAUGCCCGCCUGGUGAAUGGCCCAAAUCGCUGCUCUGGGCGGGUAGAGCUGCUGCACAACCAAGAGUGGGGAACCGUGUGUGAUGCCAGUUGGGACAUAUAUGAUGCUCAGGUUGUAUGCAGAGAAUUGGGCUGUGGCAAUGCCCUCAAAGCAUUCAGAGGAGCGCAUCAUGGCCAAGGAUUUGGUCCCAUCUGGAUAGAGGGAGUGAACUGUACAGGGAAAGAGGCAUCCCUGAGCGAGUGUAACCGAAGCCCAUGGGGAGAGCACCACUGCAGCCACAGCCAAGAUGCCAGUGUGGAGUGCACAGAAUUGGCUUUCAAAUCAAUGAAAUCACCUUUGGUUCUUUCAAAACCAACAGGAACCAGAUUGGUGAAUGGCACAAACCGUUGCUCUGGGAGAGUUGAAAUGUUCUUCAAUGAGGCCUGGGGGACAGUGUGUGAUAGCGGAUGGGACCUGCGUGAAGCUCAAGUCGUGUGCAGAGAACUUGACUGUGGAGGAGCCCUGUCAGCCCCAGGAGGAUCUCUCUUUGGGACUGGAAAGUAUGGCAGAUGGUCAUAUGAACCCAAAUGUUUGGGUACAGAAGUUACCUUUCAGAAAUGUAUGUUUGAUUCAAGACAUUUUUGUAGAUCGUUUGAAACAGCUGGUGUUGUGUGCUCAGAUCUCCGUUUAAUGAAUGGCACAAGUCCCUGCUCAGGGAGGGUCGAAGUCUUUCACAACGACACAUGGGGGACCAUUUGUGAUGCUGGCUGGGAUUUACAAGAUGCCCAAGUGAUCUGCAGGGAAAAGGGCUGUGGCAAUGCCUCCAAAGCAUCAGGUGGAGCACACCAUGGCCAAGGAUCUGGUCCCAUUUGGCUGGAGAGCAUCAACUGUACAGGAGAAGAAGCAUCCCUGAAGGAGUGCCAGAAGGGAGGCUGGGGAGAGCACAGUUGCAGCCACAGCCAGGAUGCCAGCGUGGAGUGUUCAGAAACCAGAUUGGUGAAUGGUCCAAACCGUUGCUCCGGGAGAGUCGAAGUGCUCCGCAAUGGGGUCUGGGGAACAGUGUGUGAUGACGGAUGGGACCUGAGUGAUGCUCAAGUCGUGUGUAGAGAACUCAGCUGUGGAGGAGCUGUGUCAGCCCCUGAAGGAGCCCACUUUGGAAAAGGAAAUGAUCCCAUCUUGAUAAAUGAAGUCCAGUGCCGUGGGACAGAGGUUUCCCUGUACAACUGCAUUUACAAAAUGCACAGAUUUCAUGAGUGUCGUCAUGAAGAAGAUGCUGGUGUUGUGUGCUCAGAUCUCCGUUUAAUGAAUGGCACAAGUCCCUGCUCAGGGAGGGUUGAGGUCUUUCACAAUGACACAUGGGGGACCAUUUGUGAUGCUGGCUGGGAUUUACAAGAUGCCCAAGUGGUCUGCAGCCAGCUGGGCUGUGGAAAGGCCUCCAAAGCAUUGGGCGGAGCACACUAUGGCCAAGGAUCUGGUCCCAUUUGGCUGGAGAACAUCAACUGUACAGGAGACGAAUCAUCCCUGAAGGAGUGCCAGAAGGGAAUCUGGGGAGAGCACAGUUGCAGCCACAGCCAGGAUGCCAGCGUGGAGUGUUCAGGUACAUGCCUUCCACAAGUUUUAUUUCCUGGAACCUAGAUUAGGAUAAUGUCUCCCCAAAAUGAUCAUGGUCAGGAUAAGAGUCUCUCUCUUCUAGAAC